AUCGACAGGUGCGUUCCGAUAUAUCCGCGUAUGCCUAUCUUCGCAUGUUCAAAUGUCCGUUGCUCUUGCAGAGCCAACAUUGGAAAUGCCAAAGUGCUUGGCUUGGCGACCUCGCUCAAGCUCACGAGUAGUCAGUACAACUGGGCGCUUUCCAUUUUCUUCAUCGGCUAUGUCGUCUUCGAGACACCUUCGAACAUCGUUCUGCGGAAAAUUAGCCCCACAUGGUACAUCCCUACUCUGACUGUGCUUUGGGGUUUGGUCUGUGCUCUGUUCGCCACGGUGAGGAAUGCGGCAGGUCUCCUGGCCAUCAGAUUCUUCCUGGGCAUGGCCGAGGCAGGUUUCCUGCCUGGUAUCGUUUACUGGCUCAGCUGCUGGUACCCGCGAACCGUCCUCGGAAGACGUUUCGCCAUCCUGUACUCGAGCGUAUCCCUCACCGGAGCGUUCGGAGGUCUUCUCGCGACCGCGAUUCACGCUCUUGAUGGCACUUAUGGUAUCGCCGGGUGGAAGUACGUA